AUUCUGAUUGGAGCUUUAGCAUCUUCAAAUAUAAACGGACGCAAAAUUGUGGAGUUUUGUAAACUAAAAGCAAAACAAUGGCACUAACACCGAAGGAAUCUGGCGAACAUAUCGUCAAGAACGCGAAAUAUGUACGCGUACUACCGGAAGGCAUCGAAAAACUAACACAGGAAGUAAUUGCCGGCAUCUUGGACAAGCGAAUUGAUGUGAGCAACUUCUCGCAACAUGACAUGCAUCCAAAACCCACUGAUGCAUAUGCCGCGGAGUGGAUAUUUCUAGUGGAUACGCUGAAUUUCUGCUUUUGGACGCCCACAAAUUACACAAAAUACAAAGUGAAUGAACAAACUGGUUACUUUGCUCUUUGUGCAGCAGUCAAUCGGGCAAUUGCUGAAGGUGUGGAUAUAACCAAUGCGGAGUUUUAUUCAAAAAUUGACGCUGAAACGCUACGACACAUAUUUCGCUCGGAUGAUGGUGACACAGAAGUGCCAUUGUUCGAUAAGCGAAUCUCUUGCCUACAUGAAGUGGGUAAUCGUUUGUUAGAGAAAUGGUCAGGAAAGUUUGAAAAUGUGGUACUUGCAGCUAAGAAUUCAGCAAAAGAACUUCUAACAUUAAUUGUCCAAGAGUUUCCGUGCUUCCGUGACGAAGCAGACUUCGCUGGACAACGCGUGGCAAUCUAUAAGCGUGCACAAAUACUUAUUGGUGAUCUGUGGGCAUGCUAUCGCGGUGUCGGCUUGGGCGCUUUCAAUGAUCUUGAGUGCAUAACAAUGUUUGCUGACUAUCGCAUACCACAAGUGUUGGUACAUUUUAAUAGUUUAGAAUAUACACCGGAAUUGUUGGAGUUGCUCAAAAAAGAUCAAAUUAUGGAAAAUGGUGAUCCAAUGGAAGUGGAAAUACGUGGUGCUUCUAUAUACAUUGUUGAGAAAGUGAAGGAUGCAGUCUUGGAAGAACUUGCUGAAAAGCACCCAGAUGUUUCCAAAGCCAAUGUCAACGCUAUUUUAAUAGAUCACUUUCUAUGGGACUAUCGACGUCAAUUCGCCAAGGAGCUUGAACAUAUACCAUUCCACAAAACCUUAAGCGUUUACUAUUGAGCUGUCUGCAUUUAACACUUCAUGUUCCUUAUUUUAUUAUUAAAAAAAACUAUAAACACACACACAACACUAAAAUGUUUUAAAUUUAAUAAAACCGUUUUUAAUU